UUACAGUUUAACAUUCAGUUAGACAUUCCCUGGUUUGCUGUGUCAAAAUUCUCUCACUGAUCACAGAGGAGACCAGACCAGAUGAGUCACUAGACUCGUGGAAGAUCUUCUCAGUGCCAUGACGAAUGCUGUAUUAUCCCUGCUGAAGAACCCUGUGCUUGUUGCAGUCAUUUGGGUCACAGGUAUCGGGGGAACCUUCCAAUAUGGCUUCCACAUUUCCGUCCUCACUGCACCGUCAGCCUACAUUAAAGAGCUGGUGAACAGCACAUGCGUUCAGAGAUAUGGCCUCUCUCUAGAGCACUGGCAACUCUCGCUUAUCUGGUCCUUCAUUGUCUCCAUGUACUGCAUCGGGGGUCUGUUGGGCACCCUGUGUGCCGGGCGAAUCGCGGCAACCUACGGCAGGAAGAAAUGCCUCAUGUUGAACAACUUGGUGGUCAUCUGUGGAGCCGUGCUGAUGGUGCUGAGCAAAACGGCACGCUCGUUCGAAAUGAUCAUGGUGGGACGGUUCGUCUACGGCAUCAACGCAGGUGUGGGUCUGACAGUCCACACCAUGUAUGUCCUGGACUGUGCCCCAAAGAGUUUAAGAGGGAUGGUCGGUGCUUCUGUGGGCAGCUUCGUCUCACUGGGGAAGUUUUUUGGCCAGCUGCUUGGCCUCAGUGAGAUAAUGGGAACAGAAGCUUUGUGGCCUUUUCUGCUGGCCUUUAGUGCUUUGACUGGUCUUCUGCAGCUUGUCUGUUUGUACUUCCUACCUGAGUCUCCACGCUUCCUGCUCUUAAACCAGGGAGACAAAUCUGCCUGUGAGAAGGCUCUACAUCAGCUGCGAGGUUCUAAUGCUGACUGCAGAUCAGAGGUGGAGGAGAUGUUAGCAGAGUGUGUGGCCCUGCAGACUGUGAGGAACCACAGCGUGCUGGAGCUUUUCCUCGCCCGCUCCGUCCGCUGGCAGCUAUUCACCAUCAUAAUUGCCUUCAUCACACUGCAGUUAUGUGGUAUCAAUGCUGUUUAUCUCUAUGCCUCUGAUGUGUUCCGUGCUGCAGGAAUCCCAGCACACAACUUGCGCUACGUGACUUUGGGAACAGGGUUGUGUGAAUUCUCCACCUCAAUCGUCUGUGGGCUGGUAAUUGAGCACACAGGGAAGAAGUUAUUGAUGGUUUGGGGUUAUGUGAGCAUGUCUGUUGCACUGCUCCUACUCACACUUUCUCUGUACCUGCAGGUGCACGUGUCCUGGAUGCCGUACUGCAGCAUGGUGCUCAUCUUCGUCUUCAUCAUCUCCUUCUGCAGCGGACCCUCUUGUAUAACAGCACCCCUGCCUGGAGAGCUUUUCACACAGUCCUUUCAGUCAGCAGCGUACACUGUGGCCUGUACUCUUAACUGGAUGGGGCUGUUCUUGGUGGGAAUGGUGUUUCCUUUAAUAGUGGAGCAUUUAGACUAUUUCUGCUUCCUCGUCUUCUUCGUAUUCUGCUUUUGCACUGCUGUGUUCGUGUGGUACCACGUACCUGAGACGAGAAACAAAUCCGUAGUGGAGAUCACUGCCGAGUUCGAUAGAAUGCACAACAAAGCAAAACACUCAGAGACCAACCUGAAAGCUCUGAAAGACGCAAACACACAGAACGGAAAAUGCACCAGGCUCUGAUUCCACAACCUGUUAAAUGUGCAACAUGUAGGUUGUGUGAUAAACAAUACACUGUAUACUCUGAGUGUGUUUCUCACUCACACAUUCAUCCACUCAUUCAACCACUAAUGUAUCCACACAUUCAUCCACACAUUCACAAACUCAUUCAUCCAUUCAUCCACUUAUUCAUCCACUAAUGUAUCCACUCAUUCAUCCACUUAUUCAUCCAAUGAUGUAUCCACUCAUUCAUCCACACACUCAUUUAUACAUGCAGCCACUAAUGUAUCCACACAUUCAUUCACUCAUCCAAACUCUCAUUCAUACAUUCAUCCACUCAUUCACACACUCAUUCAUCCAUUUAUUCAUCCACUGAUGCAUCCACUCAUUCAUUCACACACACAUUAAUACAUGCACCCACUAAUGCAUCCACACAUUCAUCCACUCAUCCAAACUCUCAUUCAUACAUUCAUCCACUCAUUCACACACUCAUUCAUCCACUUAUUCAUCCAAUGAUGUAUCCACUCAUUCAUUCACGCACUCAUUUAUACAUGCAGCCACUAAUUUAUCCACACAUUCAUCCACUCACCCACUCUCAUUCAUACAUUCAUCCACUCAUCCACACACUCAUUCAUACAUUCAUCCACUCAUUCACACACACAUUCACACACUCAUUCAUACAUUCAUCCACUCAUGCACACACUCAUUCAUACAAUCAUUCACACAUAUUCACACUCUCAUUCAUCGGCUCAUUCAAACCAAAAGAUAAUUAGUAUAUACAGUCCAUUAAUUGUUAUGUUUUUGUGAGGUUGGAGGAAGCAGGAGAACGAGGAGACACUGAGAACAUGUGGAUCUCCGGACAGUAUAAUCAUACUCUUAGAACAACAAAACUUUUUUACAGACUACAAUUUGGUAGUUCGUGAUCACCACCACUAGGUGGCAGCUAGAAAAAAAAAAAAAGACUGCAUUUAUGUUUGUUUUUGUUUGAACAUAUUACUUAUAUGAGUCGCAGUUCAAUAAUAAACCUCAGGUACCCAAAUCGAGCCCUACAGCUCAUCACGAAUUAAACUCACACUCACAACAGGCUUUAAUUCAUUAUUUAUCUACAUAAUUUUUAGCUUCUUCUUGACAACUGUCCAUUAACAGUUCCCUAUCUUUUGCAUAAAAAAAAACCUUUGACACAUUUUUCAUUAUAACUUUGAACAAAUGUUUUAAACUCAUGGUAUCUUAACUAUGUAACCUAGUGAGCCAGCAUUAAUGUAUUCAAUGCUAGAGAUUUUAGCACUUAUGGACGUCGCUCUGGAUAAGGAAAUCUGCCAAAUACUGUAAAUGUAAAAAAAUGUAAAUGUAACAGAGAAUGAACUGGGCCUGGAGUUAGAUCUGGAUCAUCUCCAUCCUCAACACAGCAGUGGCAUCAACUAUCAUGGUUAAUGUACAUGGUGUUCAUGGUACGAGUGUCACUGCUGUGUUGAGAAUAUUGUGUUCUUGCUGUGCUUUCUAGAUAACACAAUCUCCAUGUGAAAACCGUGCACUCUGCCCAAAUUACACUCACACACCCACGCCCAUCUCACGCACUGUCAGUGUCACUGCUACACUGAUAGCACACACACACACACACACACACACACACACACACACACACACACACACACACACACACACACACAGAAACACAAUAUCAGCUCAAUAGUGACACUAUGGGCGAGUUAUUAGGAAAUAAAAAAGGAGCUGUGAUUAGUUUAUUUACUGGAUAAAUCAUUAUUAUACCUCAGUGAUGCUGAACUCUUGAAUCUGAUUGGUCAGAGGGAUUAUUAUUAUUUUCAACAACAGCAGAUAUGGCAGUAAUUUGGAUCACAGGUUUAUUAUAUGAAUGCACAAGUGUUAUUUCUAGGGCUCGCUUCACUUAUAAAAAACUUACUGUUGUGGUUUAAUUUUUUGUUAAGCAAUAUUUAUAUAACAUUUAUGGAAGGAUGUUUUCAAUGUAUUAAGGCUUAUUGUCUCAAGUACAAUAAGCUUUUAACCAGGUGGACGUGCUACUGGAAAAUACUAGUCUUAACCAAUUCAGUGUAAGUUAAACAGUUGAUCAUUUUAAAUGUAACCGGGUAUUAAAAAUUAAAUGUCUUUAACUGGUGUGAUUACUUUAAUAACAUGUUUUGCUUAAAAACAUUAUUCCACCUCAAACAUGUAACUUUGCAAUAUUUGCCAACUUUGCUAAUUUUAUUUGUAAGCAUCUUAACAAGAUAUAUAGAACAAAAUAAUAUGUUUUAUAUUACACAAAAAUUCAAGAUUAAUAUUAAACUUUAUUUAUCCUUAAUAAACAA